UACAAACAUUAUUAAACACGCACGCAUCAUCACAGAACUUUGUUUGAGGAUUAUUAGAGAACUUAGCGAUAUUGAUGUAGCCGCAGCUUAUCAUCAAUACGUUGAUUUCUAUCAUUCAUCUGAAACUGAGAAUGAGCGUGAUUCUGAUGUUGUGCCUUCUACAAGUACAGGCGCUACUACGCCGGCAGCAGCGCGAAGAACUUUAUCAUCAACACGAAGAUCUAAUCGUAUACGUUCAGAUGGCGAUUGGCGCUCCGACUGCAGGCAACUACUAGAUAUACUUUGGCAAAGGCCAGAUUCAGCGCCAUUUCGAGAACCUGUUGAUACAAUUGAGUUUCCAGAUUAUUUGGAAAUAAUAUCGACUCCAAUGGACUUACGCACUGUUAAGGAAGAUUUACUAGGUGGAAAUUAUGAUGAUCCUUUGGAUUUUGCAAAAGAUGUGCGCUUAAUAUUUAUUAACUCGAAGAAUUACAACACUAACAAACGCUCAAGAGAUUAUUCCUCGAUUUAUUCUAUGACGCUUCGCCUCAGUGCUCUUUUUGAGUCUCACAUAAAAACCGUCGUCAGCAACUGGAAAGCUGCAAGACGGCGCGCUAAUAAAAACAAAAAGAAUAGUGGUAGAGGAUCAAGUAGUAGUCCUACGAAAAGGACACAAUCUGAAAGAAAUCGUCCUGGACCUUCUACUCGAAGAAAUAAUAAAUCUAAUCGACAAAUUCGUAGUUCUGACGAAGAUGUCGAGAAUGAUGAAGAUGAUUCGCAGCCACGCAGUAGUCAACGACGAGUUGGAAGAAAUGGGCCAACUCGUUCACAGGUUGUAACAUCAAACUCAUCUAAUCGUGUUACUUCAUCAUCACAUCGACGAAUAAAUGGAACAGAGGAUGCACAACCUACACGUAGUUCACGACGUAAAGCGCAUAGUCAAGAACUAAAUGAAGAUGAGGAUGAUGACGAAGAUGAAGAGGAAGACGAAGAAAAUGAACAAAAUGAAAGUGAAGAAAAUGAGAGUAGCUCCAAUAGUGAAGCCGAUGAUGUAUCAAGUGAAGAUGAAAGUAGUGGGGAUGGCAGUGAUAGUAAUAAUAAUGAUGACGACGAUGACGACCAUGAUUCAAAUGUUGGACGCUCUCCAAGAAAAAAAAAUAAACGAAAAUCUCAUUCAGAUGAUGAUUCAGAAGAAAGUUAUAAUCCCUUAAAAGAUCGUCGUCAAAAUAAAAAACGUCGAAAAUAUAAUAAACAAAAACAGACGCAACGUAAACGAAAUGGUGUACAUAAAAAAAGUAAACCCACUGCCAAUGGUAUUAAAAGAACGGUUUCAAAUCCGAAAAAUUCUCGAAGAGGUCAACGUCGACGAUACCAAUCUUCCGGUGAUGAGGAAACAGUAGUAGUUUCCCAAAUAGAUGAAAGCACUCAAGAUACGGACCAGCAUACACCAAAGAAAAAAGGUCGACCACCCAAAGCGCAGAGUACAACAUAUGUUGCUAAUGGUCCUAGUACAAGUUCAAGUACUUUACCAGAAGUCUCAUCCCGUAUUACUCGUGGAGCAGCAGGUUCAAGACGUAAUCCUGCUGAAAACGACCAUAGUUAUCAUUUGCCAGUUCGCAAUGGACGCUUACAAGAAUCAGAUACAGAUUCAAGAGAAUUAGGCACACGUCCUACACGCUCAAGUGCUAAAAGAGCAAUUCUUGAAUGGGCAAAAGGAAGCGAUAUUGACGAGAUAGAUAGUGAUGAGGCUGAGGAGAUAUUGCCUACUCCAACACCAACUAAGGUUAAUGGUACGGCAAAUAAUACGCGGUAUUUAAAUGGCCCUUCAACAAGUCGUGCCGCUAUUGCUGCCGCAGCUGCUAACACUGGCACAGUAAUUAGGCAGUUGCGAACGAAUAGAAAUACAGUUGUAGAACCGCGGGGGAUUGAUAGUGAUGACGAUGGUAGUGAUGACGAACCUUUAGCUUCAAGUCAGAAUUCACAGCUUAGUACACAAAGUAAAAGACAGCACUCAAUACGAGUUGAUGCCACUAGAGUAAGUCGACAAAGUUCUUUACAGUUGCAACGAUUACGACCGCACGCGGUAGCAAUUAGUACUAGUGCGAGUACAUCACAUAUGACACGUUCUCACGCAACCUCAACUACAUCAAAUGCCGCGUCGUCCUCUAGCAGUAGAAUAUUACCCUUAAGCACGCAUGAUCACAAUUACAUUGGUGAUACAAGACCGACAACAACAAACAGUAAUGUGCGAAACACACGUCGUUUAUUAUCCCGACAUCAACGAAAUGCUGAUGAAUUAGAUAGUAGUAUUGAUCCUUUGGAAAAUGUGAGGCUUUUUGCUGCGGCUUCUCGUUCCAGACGCAACUUUCCCACCUCAACAUCAAAUGUAUCAAAUACAACUAAUAGUACUAAUGCAGUAACAACUGUUGAAGUUAGGCGUGGACGUUCACGUUAUAGCCAAGAAAAUUCUCAAACUGAUGCACACGAUGAUGACGAAGAUGAAGAUGCUGGAGGUUCAGAUGAAGGAACAGUGGGUGGCUCUAGUAAUCACACCGAAGAUUCUUCUGACUCUGACGACAAUCAACCGUUGACAUCGUAUGUACCCGCAGCAAAAAGAUCACAACGUAAUAUAGUAAAAAGUCGUAAAACAGAAAUCAAUCGGGAAGUGCGUGUGCAGCGUGGUUGUCGAAAUCUUAAACGACCUCGUUAUAAUGAACAAAGUGAAGACGACGAACCAGCGCCAAGUCGCAGACGUACGAAUGAUAACGGUGUUGGAAGUUCGGCUACUGUGUCUACAGUAUCAUACAAUAGAUUAGCAGCAGUUGAUGACGUCGGAGAUGAUAGUUCUGUAGACAGCGACGACGAACAAUUAAUAAGCGUGAGUAGUAGAGGAAGAGUGCGGAAAAUUACUGCCAAAGCGAGAGGGAUUUUCAAAGAGUAAUUUAUAUAAAAAUGAACUUUACUCUUGACUGUUAAUAUUUAUAUAUAUACAAAAAGAAAAAAAAAA